CUGCAUUUAUAUACUCCACUAAAAAAUUUUUUGAAGCAGCGAUCACAUACAUCGACCAAGCACAAGCGGCGGCAAGGCGAGCUAUAGCAAGUGGUGAUCCUGACCGAGAUGGCGUCACUACCCUGCCAAGCUCCAAGCAGGGCCCCGGCGCCGGCGGCGCCGGUGGCGGUGGCGGUGGUGUCGCCGCUGUUCUGCGCGCCAGGCCUGGUGCAGCUGACGGUCCAGCCCCAGGAGUCCAGUGGCUACACCGUCACCAACGCCUCCGGAGCCGUCGUGCUGAAAGCCAGGACCAAAACUCUGAGCUUCCACAAUCGCCUCCUGCUCCUCGACGCUGCCGGCCACCCCAUCCUCACCUUGAAGGAGAAGAAACUUACUAUGCACCACAGAUGGGAGGUGUUCAGAGGGGAUAGCUCCAACGCUCGCGAUUUGCUCUUCUAUACGAAGAAGAAAUCUGACACAGAGAUGGACGUCUUCUUGGCUGCCAACACUAUGCACCGUAUUUGCGAUUUCAAGAUGCAGGUUGACUACGACGGCAGCAAGGCUUAUUGUGCCUUGCUGUAUCUUGGCAACACAAACGCCAUUAUCGCUCGGAUGAACCGUAAGCAUGGUUUCUCCACUGUGCUGCUCGAGGUAUUCCCUCACGUUGACCAUGUGUUCGUUGGGGCUCUGGUUAUGAUUCUGAAUGAGAUUCACAAAGAGGAUUGCAGCGAAUCCAUCGACUUCCCAUCUGAGGAUUCUCCCGUGGAGAAUUGCCCAGCUGAGCAUCAUCCGGUUGAGAAUUAUUCAGCUGAGCUAGUCCCAUCUGAGGAUUCUCCCGUGGAGAAUUGCCCAGCUGAGCAUCAUCCGGUUGAGAAUUAUUCAGCUGAGCAUUACCCAGCUGAGCAUUAUCCGGUUGAGAAUUGCCCAGCUGAGCAUCAUCCGGUUGAGAAUUAUUCAGCUGAGCUGGUCCCGUCUGAGGAUUCUCCCGUGGAGAAUUGCCCAGCUGAGCAUCAUCCGGUUGAGAAUUAUUCAGCUGAGCAUUACCCAGCUGAGCAUUAUCCGGUUGAGAAUUAUUCAGCUGAGCAUUACCCAGCUGAGCAUUAUCCGGUUGAGAAUUAUUCAGCUGAGAAUUAUGCGUUUGACUUUUUUGGAUAAUAAACCCAAUUCCUCGCGGUACUUAAUUUUUAGGCCAUGAUGAUUGGCGUCUGGACCAUGUUCCUGCUCCAUUUCCAUGGAACUGUCAUGCAAGAAAGCCCUAAUUACCAUGUGAACUUGAUGUAAAUUCUUUUCUAUGUAAAUUUGGACCACAUUUGUACUGUUGACCUCCCUAAUUAGUUGUAUCUUAAUCCAGUUUUAAGUCUUGAUCCUUU